UGUGCAACGCUUGCGGCCGUGACCGCGGAGGCGCGGGGUACCAGCGAGUGACGAGGAGCCGCGCGCCCUCGAGCUACGCCUGUGGGUCAGCCUGUGCGCCCGCGCGCCGCCCGCGGGUCUCAGUGUCCACCCCGGCGCCGGUGUGCCAAGCAUCUCUGGGCGGCUCACCUGCCUGGCGUACCUACCGGUUGCCUGCUGGUGCUGUGGGCUCGGCUCGUACCCCGCCGCCCCGGGACCGCGCGGUGCCCCAGAGAUCUCUGGUCCGCCUCUGCCUCCGCGUCCGCCCCGCGCCACAGCCGGGCCCGGGCGCAGCGCUGCAAAGGGAGGAGGCCGCCUGGAGCCCGACCGGGGCCGGCGCGGCGAUGAUGAACAGAUUCCGAAAGUGGCUGUAUAAACCCAAGAUGGAGGCAGGAAGUGGAGGGCACUUCAUGUGGGGUUCCUGUCAUGGCGAGGAGGGGAGCGCUGCAUGCCUGGCCCUGUCAGUCUCUGCUCAGGAGGUCGGACCCACAACUGCUUGCCCGGUUCUACUAUGCGGAUGAGGAGCUGAAUCAGGUGGCUGCAGAGCUGGACAGCCUAGAUGGACGCAAGGACCCCCAGCGGUGCACACUGCUUGUCAGCCAGUUCCGCUCCUGCCAGGACAACGUACUGAACAUCAUCAACCAGAUCAUGGACGAGUGCAUCCCUCAGGACCGUGCCCCGCGAGACUUCUGUGUCAAAUUCCCUGAGGAGAUUCGGCAUGACAACCUGGCCGGCCAGCUGUGGUUCGGUGCUGAGGUAUGCUUGGCCACCGGCUCCAUCAUCAUGAACCGUGAGCUUGAGAGCAUGGCCAUGCGCCCACUGGCCAAGGAGCUGACUCGCAGCCUGGAGGAUGUGCGGGGUACCCUCCGAGACCAGGCGCUCCGGGACCUCAACACUUAUACAGAAAAGAUGCGGGAGGCUCUGAGGCACUUUGAUGUCCUAUUUGCAGAGUUUGAGCUGAGCUAUGUCUCGGCCAUGGUGCCCGUGAAGUCCCCCAGGGAGUACUAUGUGCAGCAGGAGGUCAUCGUGCUGUUCUGCGAGACAGUGGAGAGGGCCCUGGACUUCGGGUACCUGACCCAAGACAUGAUUGACGACUACGAGCCGGCCCUCAUGUUCACCAUCCCAAGGCUGGCCAUCGUGUGUGGCCUCGUGGUCUAUGCAGAUGGACCCCUGAACUUGGACCGCAAGGUGGAAGACAUGUCUGAGCUGUUCCGGCCCUUCUAUACCUUGCUGCGGAAAAUAAGGGAUUUACUACAGACGCUGACUGAGGAGGAGCUGCACACUUUGGAGCGAAACCUCUGCAUUUCCCAGGAUGUGGAGUUCCCCAUCCGAGCGGACGUGCAGGUGCCCACUGUCCUGGCCCCCACCUUUUCCGCACCCCUUCCCCCUGAGGAGCCGCGCUCAGCUAAGGCCAAAGACACAGAGGCAGAGCUGGCCUGUUCCAUGCAGUAUGAUGACCAGGAGCUGGAGCAGCUCAGCCGCAUGGUCCACAGGGCUGGGGACGAGAUGUCCUCUCUACUGUCACCGCCCAGUGCCUGCCAGUCCCCCGCACACAGGGCGGGAGCAGAGGGCAGCCCAUGUGGGGAGGCCUCUCCAGGCAGAGUGCACCUACAGGUGGACAGCAACGAGGACCGCGUAUUCUUUAUGGAUGACGUGGAGGACACAGCAGACACCCCUGCCAGGCCUGAGUCCCCUCAAGGCCCAUUUGAGUGGGCAGGCGGUGCCCAGCCUGACCCCCAGAAGAGAGGUCAGGGAGGCCAGAGCCGAGGUGCUGAGGUCAGUGUUCCCACUGCUGAAAAGGAGGACCUGAGCAACAACAACAACGACAUGGGGGAUGGCGGCGCACAUGUGGCCAGUCUCCUGGGUUCCAACUCCUGCAGCUGCCUGGACUCACAGCUUUACCUGGAUGGCUGGGAGGUGGGGACAGACGAUGCCGAGACGGCCGAGAUGAUCGCCCACCGCACAGGGGGCAUGAAGCUCUCGGCCACUGUCAUCUUCAAUCCCAAAUCGCCCACCUCCUUGGAUUCUGCUGCCACCACCCAGGAAACCCCAGGCCUGGGUGCUUCCCCCUCUGGGCCUGUGGCUGAGGGAACAGAGGGCAGCUCCCACAGACUCAGCACCGCAGCCAGCGACUGCCUGCUGCAUUCCUGUGUAUGCUGUGGGAGCUGCGGGGACAGCAGGGAGGAUGCUGGGGAGCAUCUUCGGGAGAAGUGCCACCCCGGGAGCCUCAUUGGUGCCUCUUACACAGCUGGCUUAACCAAGUCCGGCAACAAGGGCCCUGACAGGCAGGACAAGGCCUGGCCUGUCCCUGAGGGCCCCCUGCCCACAGAAGACGCCUGCGACAGACAGGACCCCAAAGCCCCCACUCCCAGUAACUGCCUGGCACAGACCUCAGGUUCCCAGGUGGAUGCAGCAAAUGGGUCUCAGGGAGAGGCUGAGGUCACCGGUCAGCAGCAGGGACUGGAGGCCAGACAGCAGGAUAGCAGGACACCGGCAGCCCAGGUGGACCCCCAGCAGCCAGUGGGCUCCAGCGGCUCCACGGCUGGCUCCUGUUCCUCAGACAAGACUGGGCCAGCAGUGGUCCUGGCAGCAACACCUAUCACCCCAGUGGCCACAAGAGAGAAGAUUCGGUCCAGGUUCCACGGCAGCCGCGACCUGAUCCACCGCCUGUUUGUGUGCAUUUCAGGUGUGGCUGACCAGCUGCAGACCAACUAUGCUAGUGACCUGAGAAGUAUUCUUAAGACGCUGUUUGAGGUCAUGGCCACCAAGCCAGAAACGGAUGACAAGGAAAAGUUAAAGAAGGUCACCCAGACUCUGCGGAGUGCAGCCUUGGAGGACUGUGCAUUAUGUCAGGAGACCCUGUCAUCCUCAGAACUUGCAGCCAAGACCCGUGAUGGGGACUUUGAAGACCCACCUGAGUGGGUGCCCGACGAGGCGUGCGGCUUCUGCACCGCCUGCAAAGCACCAUUUACCGUCAUCCGACGAAAGCACCACUGCCGUAGCUGCGGGAAGAUCUUCUGCUCUCGCUGCUCCUCCCACUCGGCGCCGCUGCCACGCUACGGGCAGGUGAGGCCGGUCCGCGUGUGCACGCACUGCUACGUGUUCCACGUCACGCCCUUCUACAGCGACAAGGCGGGCCUGUGACGCGGCCCUCGCAGGACCUGCAGGAAGGACAGGAGAGGCUCCCCGUGGAUCGUCGGGCUGCGGGGACACAGGGCCACCGAGACUCAGAUCGUUGGGAGCCUCCAUCCCACCGCGGGGGCCUCCAGCUGGGGAUGGGGGAGGGGGAGCCCGGGGGCAGGAGGCCCUGCAGGUGGGCUGGCCUUCCUGCCUGUGGGGCUCUGCUCUGUGCGCGACUCGCGGAUGACCGGCCUCUUCUGUCCCUCUCUGGAAGCGGCGGGGUAGGCUGGACCUGGCUUGGCAGGGCUGGGCAGGGCUUCCCCGGGCGCUCACCAAACCCGAAAUUGCAGGCUGUCCCUCCCCUGCCCCGCUGCUGCCCAGCGCCUACCCUGGCCGACUCACGCAUCUCGUUUCGUCUUGGCGGGGAAUUGCGGGAAGUGCACUCAGCGUCGGCUGGGCCUGGGCGAGCAGGGGGCCCUGGUCUCUGCCCGCCGUUAUCCUGCUGCUGGGGGUCAGGUCCUUGGGCCCAGGCUCACCCCAGAAUUGCGGAGUAUGCUGAUUUGGCCACCACAACCCCGCACCCGCACCCCUGGGGCCCACUUUUCCAGACCAGGCUGACCCAUCAGAGUGACCCCUUCGCGGACACCGCCUCAGGCUUAAAUCUCAGGCUUCACAUUGCAAUGAUGAUUGCGGUUUUCUUUUUAGAGAUGACACACCUACCGCUUCUUUUAUAGGGUAAAAUACGAUUUCUGUUUAACAGUGGAAUACACGUGUGCAAAAAGGCUUCUGUGGGGGGGAGAGUAUAUAGUGGAGAGAACAUUAUGUAUUGAGAUUAUAUUUAUUUUCUAAAUGCUGUAAUUCGAAACCAUUUCCAUAAAUCUAUUUAAGGAUUGCA